UCUCCUCUUUCUCUUCCCCUCUCAAUUAUUCGGUGCAUAAAUGAGAGAUUCAUUCAAUAUUCCAAAUAAAAAGGCAGAAGCUUGGAGAAAGAUAAUGAAACUGAAGAACAGUGUAUGGGAGCAGUGCUAGUGGAUACUUGGUUAUGGCAAGGAAUUUUCUAUAUGGUGAGACAAUUGGUACCCUUUUGGUCCUUUUGUUAAAGCUCUUCGACGAGGGACAAUCAUUGAAUCAGGUUUAUCUGGGAAUUCAAAAUUGUGUGACGUGAUUCAAGAAGAAGAAUGGAUGUGGCCUCCUGCACGAUCAAACCAGACGGAUCAAGAAAGUUGCUUUAUAUGUAAUGUGUAAUUUUGAUGAUGAGGAUCGCGAUCAUCUUUUCUUUACCUGUCUUCUUACCACAAGGACUUGGCAGCAGCUAUUGCAUCUAUGUGAAGAGGAACUGGUUUGCAGAAAAAUGAAUAUUGUCUAUGGCCUAUGGGGAAGGCAAUCAAUUCAGAAGAUUUAGAUAACUAGGCAGUCUCUAGUUAAGUCAUAAUAUCUGUUUACCGUUGUUUUUGCUUACAGUACAUUCUGUGAAACUGAUGUUUUAAUAAUUUAUUAGAAUUAGAAUUUCUAGGACGAAGGCUUAGUCUAAAAGCAACAAUCAUUGACGGGCUUAAUGCUUUGUUAAUUACAUCAUUAGUUAAUGUAAACUUUUCAUCUUGUUUUGGGUUUUGCUUUGGCCCCUACCAUUAACGUCUUUGUCAACCUGGUUUUGUUUAUUCAAUUUACUAUAUUUUUCUUAUUUGGAUUCGUCACUCCAUCAAUUAUCUAAUUAGGGUCUCUGAUUAGACUGCAUAUUUCUCAAUCAUUGAUGCCUUAUUAAUGUUCUGAUCGAGUUUAUCCUUUAAAGCAAAUUCUGGUUUAAUGGCUGGCUAGUUCCUUUUCUUUGCCUUCUCUUGCUCUGGUUUCUUCGGAGAAGCGAAGUUUCCAUGGCCGAGGGCGCAGUCGGGCCACGGUUGUACUGUUGUUUUAAGUGCAGAAACCUUGUUUCCUGUCACGAUGAUAUUGUCUCCAAGACUUUUCGGGCAAACAAUGGUAGAGCCAUUCUGUUCUCCCAUGCAAUGAACAUUAUCUUAGGGCCAAAAGAGGACCGCCAGCUUAUCACUGGUGUCCACACGAUCGCUGAUGUUUACUGCUCCGAUUGUGGGGAGUUAUUAGGUUGGAAGUAUUGGAAAGCUUAUGAAGAAUCGCAGAAGUACAAGGAAGGAAAAAUUGUUCUUGAAAAUUUCAAGAUUGUCAAGGAAAACUGGUAGCAGAUGUAUGGUCACCACAAGUCCUCGUGUCCUGGCCAAUGGCCGUCCAUACAAGUUCUUUGAUUGCCUUAAGAAUGUUUAUCCUUUACACAGUAUCAAUUCAAAUUCUAAUUAAAUGGACAUUAGCAUGCUUCA